AUGGCGAACGACCGACAUACAAGGCCCAAUCCUAGAGAUAUUAGGGAUCCCCUUUUACGCCCCCAUGUCCCUCAAGAGAGAGAGGGACGAACAAUAAUUCUAGAAAACCCUAAGAGUAAUACGAUCACCGCUCCCGAACCCAAUGACCGACAUCGACCUGUUACUAACCCCGGACCGAGCGUGAGAGUGAAAUUAGCAAAGGCUGGCAAAUAG